CAUACUUACCAUUUUCUAGAACCUAAAAAUGUGAGGCAAUUUUAACCUGCUUAAGUCUGGCCAGGUCAAUCGACGCGUCAAAACUGUGUUCACCACUCCUGCAAUCACAAUGGUGGGCAAACCAGCGGUUUUCGGGCUCCCUCUUGAGGUGCUUUUCGAGAUUUUUUGUUAUCUUCACCCACUGGACCUGGUAUAUCUCACCCGGGCAUCCAAGCUGUUUCGUUCGUUUCUGCUCAAUCGUCGCAAAGCAAAGUCAAUAUGGACAGGAGCCUUGAAACGCAUCGACCGGCUACCUCAGUGCCCCUCAUACCUUUCCGAACCCGCAUAUUCGAACCUGCUAUUUUGGCCGUUCUGUCAUCGGUGCGACUCGUCGUGCGAUGUAAUUCAAUGGGAGCUACGCAUUCGUUGCUGCAACGGUUGCGCAAGUGCUAUGCUGGUUGACCGAGAGAUGCUCCCUUCGAAUGUUGAACGGUUCUGCCUCGAUGCCAGGCAGCUGAUACCUAUGUCUGCCAUAAGUUCUGCUGGGCCUUGCGUUAGGUGCAAAGAUAAUAUCCACAGAAAGCCGCUCACUGUGGCUUCGCGCGCCGAUGUCAACAAACUCAAGAUGCAGUACACGUUUGUGAAGGAUAGCCCAUUGUUGAACGACCUGAUGGUCCACCGCGAGAAAGUCACUCAAGAAAUCUACCAGCACGUAGCUUUAUGUCGCAUCUGGGAGGCGGAAGUGGCUGAUCAGCAUCGCAAAGAACUGGUGGACCAGAGGAAAAAAGACGUCGUUGAAAGACUCAAGAGCCUCGGAUUGGGAGAUGAGCUCGAAUCACUGCGAUCGGACGCCUCGGCAUUAGAAACAUUUGAUAACCUCGUCGUCAGACAAGACCAAGAAUUGACUGAUUUUUCAUGCCAGGUUUCUUUACCAAGGCUUCAGAAUUUCCUGGAAAUCAGAAGAGCUCGGCGGCUUACGGUUCUCUUCCAAGACCGCUUCAAGCGUCUUGUCGUUGUUGUUGGCGAUAUGACGAAGAUGUUCAAAAUUGGUAAGACCAUCAGGGUCUUUCCUCAAGCGAUAGAUAUCUGCCUACAUUCGGAGGUUCGGCGCAUGAUGGAUGUCAAAAACCCUGAGGUUUUGUCAGUGGAAGCAUUUGCAGACGCACUAACCCUUCGUCUACCUAUCUUGUUUAUAGCCUGGGACCGUCAGGCCACUAAGCAGCUUGCAGAUCUAGUUCGCGCGCAGUUGUGCAUCGACAAUGAUAUCGACCCCCUCACACUUGCCGCUUUGGUGUUCCGCUGCUCCACUUGUCGUUUACAUGUCACUUAUCCAUCAGCGCUCAACCACCCUUGCCUACGUGAUAAGACAUGUGACCAACCCUGGGUGCAACUUCCGAUGGAAACAGCGGCGCUCGGCAGAACGAUGUCGCCAGUAGAAGUUUACGAGAACGCAGCAAUCGAAGCAUUCGAGAUGCAUCCAUGGAAUUGCAGUGUUCUGGAAGCAGACGGAUACACCAAGCGAAUACAUAAUCUUUUCCAAACUCUCGGACGAGACCCGAUCUCUACUACGGUAGAUGACAUGGAAUCUUGUCCCAUUCGAGUAACCUGUAAGAGUUGUUCUGGAAGUCGGAACCGAAUGGUUCUGACUUACCGCACCGCCCUGAUUCACUUGGUACGAAACCACAGCGAUAACAAGGACGAUGCCGUAUGGGGUGUUGUAUGAUCUCCAAGUUGUGUGGAUGGGCGUUCUCGAGUUCGGAAUUCAUAUACCCCUUUGCAUCCAGUGUAUACCCGGUUUUUGGUGGAAAGCCCAAAGCAAGAAGCCUUGUCUUGUGGUUGUUCAUAUAAGUCAUCUGUGGAUCUCCAUUGUCGAUACAGUAAUGCUCUGCAGCAAUUUUCCGCUGCAGAGCGCGUCAAUCUCAAACAUAAACC